ACGCGAAGGUUGACCAAGGCGGAGCGCCAGCGGUUCAGCGAGGAGGUGGAGAUGCUGAAGGGGCUGCAGCACCCCAACAUCGUCCGCUUCCACGAUUCCUGGAAGUCUACGGUGAAGGGACACAAGUGCAUCCUGCUGGUCACUGAGCUCAUGACCUCCGGCACCCUCAAAACGUACUUGAAGCGCUUCAAGGAGAUGAAGCUGAAGCUGCUCCAGAGCUGGAGCCGACAGAUCCUCAGGGGGCUCCACUUCCUGCACACCCGCACCCCCCCCAUCAUCCACCGGGACCUCAAGUGUGACAACAUCUUCAUCACCGGGCCCACGGGCUCUGUGAAGAUCGGGGACCUUGGCCUGGCCACGCUCAAGAGCGCCUCCUUCGCUAAGAGCGUCAUCGGAACGCCAGAGUUCAUGGCGCCGGAGAUGUACGAGGAGAAGUACGACGAGGCGGUGGACGUGUACGCCUUCGGGAUGUGCAUCCUGGAGAUGGCCACCUCCGAGUACCCCUACUCCGAGUGCCAGAACGCUGCGCAGAUCUACCGCAAAGUCACCAGCGGGAUAAAGCCUGAGAGCUUUUCCAAAGUUAAAGUCCCGGAGCUCAAAGAGAUCAUUGAAGGCUGUAUUCGCAACGUUAAAGAAGAGAGGUACACCAUCCAAGACCUGCUGGACCACGCCUUCUUCCAGGAGUACAACGGCGUGCACGUGGAGCUGGCGGAGGAGGACGACAUGGUGAAGUCUGGCCUGAAGCUGUGGCUGCGCAUGGACGACACCAAGAAGCUCCACGGGAAGUACAAGGACAACAACGCCAUCGAGUUCCUGUUCGAGCUCUACAAGGACGUUCCGGAGGAGGUGGCCCAGGAGAUGGUGGUGCUGGGCUUCGUGUGCGAGGGGGACUUCAAGCUGGUGGCCAAGGCCAUCCGGGACCGGGUCACCAACAUCAAGCGGCACCGAGAGAAGCUGCGGCGCGUGGCCGAGGAGCAGAGCAGGCAGCUGGGGAGGAGGAGGAAGGACGAGGAGGAGCAGCAGCAGCAGCAGCAGCUGCUGCAGGCGGCCCUGGAGGAGGACAGGAGCCUGGAGGGGAGCCCCGCACCCCCCUGCCGCACCCCCACGCCGUGCCAGACGUCCCCGGCGGCGGGCGGCUCGGCGGACUCGGGGCUGGCGGCGGCGGCGGCGGCGGCGGCGGCGGCGGCGGAGGCGGAGGAGCCGGAGCCGGACCAGCUCGUCCACAGCCGCCACACCAGCUGCUCCUCGGCUAACUCCGACUGCGAGAUCGACUGCUUCCUGAACUCCUCGGGGCUCCAGGAGGCCCUGGAGGCUGAGGGGCCCGGGACCCCCCCCACGGCCCCCCCAGCGCGGCCGGGCACGUCGCCUGGCAACGGGCUCCCCAUGCCCAGCCUCCGCUUCCCCUCGAGCAUUGCGGUAUCCAGCAACAUAGAACAUGGCAACCCGCCCAGCGGCUUCAACUCUCCUGUGGACAGCUACGCCUCUGAUGUCACCUCGGGGCUGAGUGACGGCUACGAGGGCCUAUCGGAGAAGAGCGGCAAAGCGGAGGUGAGGCGGACGGCGGGCAAACUGUUCCGGAGGCGGGCGCGGUCACGCCUGCGAAUCACUGGGCUCUCUGACAAGGUGGACCGGGUGGUGGAGUGUCAGCUGCAGACCCACAACGACAAGAUGGUGACCUUCAAGUUUGACCUGGACGGAGAUAACCCCGAGGACAUCGCCGGGGUCAUGGUGCACAGCGAGUUCAUCCUGCCCUCGGAGAAGGAGGGCUUCAUCCACCGCAUGGGUGACAUCAUCAAGAGGGCGGAGUCUCUGAUGGGGAAAGAACAUGAUGUCCAUGUGGCCGGCCACGGCCCCCUGCGACCCCCCUUCCUCAACGGCGUCAACUCGCUGUCCGCCUCGCAGCCCAACCUGCUCACCCACAGCCUGGCCCGGACGCAGUCCUCGUCCUCCCUGCCUGGCUCUCCGCAACACCACCACCACCACCACCACCACCACCCGUCCUCCCUGCUGCCCCAGAACCACCACCAGCACCAGCAGCAGCAGCAGCAGCAGCAGCAGCACUACCAGCUACCCUACAUGGGGCACACUCACUUCCCCUUCCCCUACCCUGCCCCACCGGGCUCCCCGCAGCCAGAGCUGGGGCUCCAGUACCCCCAGCACACGCACUCACCCCUCACCCGUGUGGCCAGCAACCCCACCUUCCCCACCACGGACUCGCCGUCCUCGGGGUCCCCCAGACAGACCCCCGGGACCAUGACCCCCCCGGGGCCCCAGCAGCAGCAGCAGCAGCAGCAGCAGCACGCCAACAUGUGGCCCGCCCACUCGCAGCCCCUCUUCUCCCUGGCCAACGUCAUCUCCAUGGCGAUGAGCAUGGCGCAGUCCUUCAUCCCCGCGUCGGGCCAGGGCCUGGCGUCCAUGCCGGGGUACCACCCGCAGCUGGCCCAGCACCCCCACCAGCACCCCCACGGGCCCCACAUGGGGGGCCCCUCGGGCUACGCGCCGCAGUUCCCGUCCCCCCCCACGGAGGGCCACUACCCCGGGGAGGGGGACUUGUGCUUCAGCCCCGAGCCCCCGCAGUACCAGGGGGACGGGGGCGGGUUUGGGGGCUGGACCAGCCCCGCCUCGCCCCCGACCAGCUCCUCCAUGCCCUCCACGCCGCCCCGAGGCCCCCAGGAGGGCCGCGGUGGCCCCCGCCCCGACGGCUCUCCCCCCCUGGUCCAGGACGACCUGGGAGGCGGGGGGCGACUCCACAUCCACGAGGACCACCCUUACUCCGCCCCGCUGCCGCCGCCGCCCCCCCAGGCCCAGGCCCAGAGCUCCAGCUCGGGCUCGGAGCCCCGGUCCUCCUCCAGCCUGUCCCCCUCCCCCCCGGAGAGCCCGGAGAGCACGUUAUCGUCCGUCAGCCCCCAGUGUCACCCUCCGAUGCCUCAGAUGACCGCCAGUCCUCCCAGACCCACGGCCCCCUCCACGGACCCUCCCGCUACUGAACGCCGACUCGGGCCGGUGACGGUGGGCCGCUUCCAGGUGACCCCCAGCUCGGAGGCCGUCGCCACGGCUGCAAGACCCUCAGCGGUCCCCCCGGCCAGACCCCCUACAGCCCCCGGGGCCCGACCAACGACGGCCCCUGGGGCCAGAACCCCUACGGUCCCCGGGGCCCGAGCCGCGACGGCUGCAGGGGCCAGACCCGCGGUGGUCCCCGGGGCCAGACCCGCUACGGUCGCCGGGGCCCGAGCCACGGCGAUCCCACGGGCCCGAGCCACGACGAUCCCAGGGGGCCCGAGCCACGGCGAUCCCAGGGGCCCGAGCCACGACGAUCCAGGGGCCCGAGCCACGACGAUCCCAGGGGCCCGACCGGGAGGCGGCUCCAGCAGCUCCUCGUCCGAGAGCAGCACCGAGGAGCAGGGCGGCUCGGAGACCAGCCUGGGCACCUCCCUCACCAUGUCCCCCCCGCAGCCCUGUCCCGUCAGACCCCCGACCCAGGACGCCCCCCAGGACGGCCGCAACGCCGCCGCAACCGCCGCCGCCGCCGCCCCGGAGCACGGCCAGGCCGCCGCCGCCGACGACGAGGAGGACGACGAAGAGGAGGACGACGAAGAGGAAGGAGGGGGAGGGAGGCCCGCGGAGACGAAGGAGCGUCCGCGGGCGACGCAGGCCGGGAGCGCCAGGAGGCGGAGCCGCAAGCGCACGUGCAGCCUGAGCCUGCUGGGCACGUCGGCGGACAGCGGGCUGUCGGUGACGGCGGCGGACGCCGAGGGCGGCGGCCGGCUGUGGGACGGGGGCUCGGGAAGCCCCCAGUACACCAACGCGCUGCACCACCUGUGGACCAUGACGUACAGCCGCAGCGCGCCCUACGUCAGCAGCGACGACACGGAGAGCAGCGAGAGCGAGAUGCUGGAGGAGCUGCAGGAGCUGCGGGAGAAACACCUGUCGGAGGUUCAGACCCUGCAGGCGGCCCAGAAGAGGGAGAUCGAGGAGCUGUACGCCAAGAUGGGGAAGGUGCCCCCCCCGGGCAUCGUGUCCCCCGCCGCCAUGCUGUCCAACCGCCAGCGCCGGCUGUCAAAGAGCAGUGGCGUGCCCCCCUCGCGGCGGAACAGCCUCCAGCGCGUGGACAUGGGCCCGCUCCAGGGUGAGUGGGCGUUCCCGUUGAAAGGAAAACCUUAAAAUCACUGAUUAGAUGUGGACCGCGGCGCACUGGGUCACGCUGUGCUGCCGUGGAUUGAUCCUGGUUAAAAGUUAGCCUCAGUGUGGUUCCCUGGGUUGAGCGCGUACCACAGGUAGGAUCAGUCUAACGUAGCGAGCCGGGUUUGAAUCCCCUCUGUGGUCCAGCUACAUGUCUUCCC